AGCGUGCUUGACGGCUUGAUUGGUUGCGAGAUAGCAAAAUGGCUGCUGAUGAAGUUGAGGGUGUUCGUGGUGCGGCAAUUGAUAUUUUACAUGAAAAACUUGAAAAGGCUAAAGAAAGUCUGCAUGAUGUGGACGAGAACAUACGAAAAUUUACUGGAAGAGAAUUCGGGGAGAGAAGUACUGGCAGAAUAACAGAUCAGCGAAAAGUAUCUGUUGGUGGUGGACUUAGUGGACCUCGACCGAGAAAUAGAGGUGCUGGACCGGGACCAAUGGGGACGAGUCAUUAUCCUUCCAUUUCGGAACACAUGAUGAUACGCGAGAGUCAACCCUCUUGUGGGGUUAAUGGGAGAGGUUUAGGACCUGCUAUACAGUCCUCAGUUGUAGCACCUACAUCAAUCACUCGCACCAGGAAGGACUCGAUUGAAGACCAGGGCCAGGACUCCAAGUCCACUGCUAGGAAUCGUCGUAUGUUUGGCCUUCUUCUAGGAACCCUUCAAAAAUUUAAGGAUGAUUCUGUACAGAAGACAGACAAGGAAAAACAACGGCAGGAAAUCGAGCAGAAACUGGAUGCCAGAGCCAAGAAGGAGAAGCAAGAGAUAGCCAAUGAAAGACGAGAGCUGUUUAUGGAGCGACGCAACAAACAGAAGGAGCUGGAGAGAUUGGAAGAACUGAUGGAAAUUGCCAAGGAACAAGUGAUGUGGGAUAAGCACAGUGAAACAUUGGGUGGCUUCAUCCAAACGAAAGCUAAGCCGCCACUGUUCUAUCGCCCUCGCAAAAUGAUGCAGGAUGAUGACAAGAAAUUAGCAUCAACAAAGAAGAAGCUAGCAGAGAUGGCUAGCAAAAGGAGGGAAGCCAUCGAAGAAGAUAUUCGAACAUUUGAGGGGUUUGGCAAGCAGCGGGGUGAAGGCAAGAGUGAGAAGGAAAAUGAAAGAAAGCGGGAAAAAAGUGAGCCAGAGAAAGAUGGAAAGACAAAGAGGAGAAGAGAUAGUGAGAGGGAGAAAGAAGGAGAUAGGCGUAAAGAGAGAGAGAAACGUAGAGAUAGAGAUGAACAUCGUGGAAAAGAGAGAGAUAGAAGUAGAGAUGAUGAAAGGAAACGACGGAAGGAGAAGAAAACAAGUGAUUUAGAAAAAGAGAAGCAAUCCUCAAAGAAAGAUGAUGAGCUAAAGAAAGAGAAUGAGUCGAAGAGUGAUAGCGUAAAUGGAGAUGUAGGAAAGAAAAAGGAGGAUAAUAAUGACGGUAGAGUAGAAGAUGAAGUUAGUAAAGAAAAACCAAAUACAGUAGAGAAACAUAGUGAUGAAAUCAAGGAGGAAAAAGAGGAUGUGAGUUCGAUGGAUACAGAAAAUGCAGAGGAAAUUAAUGCUAACAACGGUAUUGUAAAGGAGGUUGCUGAAGAUAAAGAAGGGGAAGACAAAUUGGAUGAAAAUAAAAUGGAGACUGUUGUAGUGGAUGAACAAGCAAGUGCAGCAGAGUCACCUAAGGAGAAUUUAUAGAUAAGAUAAUGAUGAUACACCACCUUUUAUCCCUCUACUGAAUUGUGGGAUAUUCUAGACUCUGUACAUUUGUACAAUCAUAUUUUUAUUACUUAAUCUUUGUUUUCCUCCUGACAGAUCCAAUCCUCCCAAGCUUAUGACAUUGAUGCUAAAAUAAUUGUGACUAAUAUUUUUUUCAAGUUGAAUGGCCUUGGAUUAAAGUAUUUUAGUGUAAACACUCCUCACUCAAAUAAUUAGAAGCAGGCAACAUAUGCCAUUGUAGGAGAUGUUAUCAUUCCAUCAUCUUUUCCAAAAUGAUUGAUUAUGAUUGAGCAUGAAUACCAAGCUCAAAUACUAUAAUUACAUAUAAUGGAUAUCUAAAUACUGAAUUAUUAUUGAAUGCUUUGAGGUCACAUAAAUUUGUAUGUCAAGUGGAAUUAUUAUAACCGAUUUCCAUGUUUAUAAACUCGAUAACCUCUGUGUUAUCUGACAGUUGGUCUCCAGAGCUAGUUAUAUCAACAGAUAAUUCACUUAAAAACUUUGAUUUUUUGCAGCCAUUCUUGGUAAGUAUAUUAUCACUUUUGCAUGUAAUUGAAAGGUUGAGAUUAUUCGUACAAACAGUUACCUGUUGGUAAAGAAAGUCAAUGCUAAUAUUUUCUGGAUUCGUUGUCAUUAAGUUUAAUUGUUUUCAUUAAACAUAAAUGAAUAUCUAACUACAAUAUUAUUUGAAGAUUGAUGUCGUAACUUUUUGUGGCUGCAUAGUUUGACAUCAACCAAAUGUGUGUUUAUAAAUCAAAGUAAACAAUUAUUCAUUAACUGGUUAUAGACUACAUGGUUCGCGCAAAAUACAUACAAAUGAAUGAGUAAUUUCACGAAAGAAACAUCUUUAUUAAUUGUGGACUACAGUAUUUUCAUUUAAUUUAUUGGUGUGUACAAGGCGGAACCGGCCAACACUGUGCAUCUAUCCAGGCACAAAUGACACUACUGGCUAAACAGCCAACCAAGGAUAGAUCAAGAUGUGCUUGAUGCGGGCUCAAUUAUAAGCUAUCACAUAAACUUGUGAGAUAACCACUCAGAGUUGAUUAACAAAAUUCAUAGUUUGUAGAUGAUCGCGUGUGUAACCACUCUAAUCUUAUUAACGUAAUUCCGGUUGAAUGGCGGUAUUUGUGAUGUGUAAAACAACGGCACCGUUAGCAGCCUUCAGUUAAAUCUUCAGCUCAAGUUGUUUCUGAAUUUUUACAUAUCUGAAUCUAAUUAACAAGUCCUGAAUAAUUUACGCAUGUUCUAAUUUGUUGAGUGUUUUGUAACAUUUAUAAACAGUUACGCGCGAGUUGACAUGUCGUUGCCAACAGUUGGCUGUUUGCAUCUUUAUUUUAAAAGUACAGUAAUUUU